CCCAAGUAUGACGACAGAUUGAUCCAAGCUCCCAUUCGGCAGACCCGACAUUGCCGUCCCGAUCAGCUCUUUAACCAACCCCUCCCUCCGCUCAACUCUCGACUUUUUUUGACAUCACCGUCAAUUGCACUAUCACAAGCUUGCCUAUAAUCCUCUUCAAAAUGGCUUCCGCUCUCCUCCGUUCAACUCCCGCUCUCCGCGCCGGUCUGCGCGCCCGCUCAACUCCCCUCGCCGCCAUGGCCACAACCAGCUUCGUCCGUAACAAGGCCACCCUUCCCGACCUUCCCUACGACUAUGGCGCUCUUGAGCCUUAUAUCUCCGGCCAGAUCAUGGAGCUUCACCACUCCAAGCACCACCAGACCUACGUCACCGGCUUCAACAACGCUACCGACGCCCUCGCCGAGGCUCAGCACAAGAACGACGCCAAGGCCGCUGCUGCCCAAGCUCCUCUGAUCAACUUCCACGGCGGUGGUCAUGUUAACCACUCUCUUUUCUGGGAGAACCUUGCUCCCAAUGGCAAGGGCGGUGGUGGUGAGCCCGAGGGCAAGCUUCUGAAUGCUAUCAAGGAGGACUUUGGCUCCUUCGACUCUUUCAAGAAGCAGACCAACGCUACCCUCGCUGGCAUCCAGGGCUCCGGCUGGGCCUGGCUCGUCAAGGACAAGAACUCUGGCACUCUGUCCAUUGUCACCCGACCCAACCAGGACCCCGUCACUGGCACUCUUGAGCCUCUCCUUGGUAUUGAUGCUUGGGAGCACGCUUAUUACCUCCAGUACCAGAACCGCAAGGCUGAGUACUUCAGCGCCAUCUGGGAGGUCAUUAACUGGGGCACUGUUUCCAAGCGAUUCGAGAAGUAAAUAUGUUCGUGUUAGCGAAAUUGUAAAGCUCGAAAGAGUUGAAAGGAAAAAAUAGCGAUAACGUGUACGCAACCAAGGUCGACGUUUCGUGACCAUGCGUCAUCUGUUUGUUUGUCAAGAUACCGGGUGUAUAGUACCUUGAGGUUUAAUAAGAGAACUUGAAAAGAGUAGACAUGCGCAGUCUCCAGGAGGCAAGGAAACUUGAGACCUAUAUUCUUAGUAAUGAAGCCUCAGGUAAGCUUAGUAUAACUAAGGAAGACUUCAGG